AUGUCAUCAUUUAGCGAAUCUCGUGCCGGGGCCAGUUUGGGUGGUUUAGUUGGGGUGGGCGGUGCAACUGGCAGCGAACCGCUAUGUAUGCAGCGCAAGAGCGCCUGGGUUCGCGAGUAUCGCGAUCUACCGGCCAAUGUGAUGUCCGUCGACUGGUCGGGCAAAUGGAUCCUGCUAGCCGGGCGACGCCUGCUGGCGCUACAAUCCUUGCGCGAUUACGAAGCAACCGAUGGCAGCGGUGUACGAUCGUGCGACGAAUCGAUCGAAUCGUGCGGGCUGCGCAAGUUUCAGCGCCAAUCGAAGUAUGAAGUUACCGCGGCCGAGUGGGCCAUUUGCCAGAACAGCCAGGAGUACUGUGCGAUUGCGACCUGCCAGCAGAUCGAGGUCGUCACGUGGCGCUCCGGUGAACCAACCCUGAAGCACUCGCUUCGAGCGCACACCCGAAUGAUUACGGACAUUGACUGGCACUCGAAGGGGCCUCCCCUACUUGCCAGCUGCUCGAUCGACACGUUCACGCAUCUGUGGGACCUGCGGGAUCCACGGAAGCCUGUACUGUCGCUGAGUGCCGUCUGUAUGUCCGGGGCCAGUCAGGUGGGCUUUAAUCGGGUCUCGGGAAACCUGGUAGCCACCGCGCACGAUGGCGAUCUUCGAAUCUGGGAUCAGCGAAAGGGCACCUGCCCGGUGCAAUACAUAACGGCGCAUCUUUCGCGGAUACACGGCAUCAACUGGAGCCACGAUCACGAGACGAGUCUGUCGACCGCCAGCCAAGACGGCACGGUGAAAUACUUCGACAUCAACAAUCCGCGUCGGGCAGAAAAAAUCAUCACCACUUCCUGCCCGGUGUGGCGCGCGCGAUAUACACCGUUUGCCGACGGCCUCGUCACGACAAGCGUUCCGCAGCAGGGUCGCGGCGACAACAGCCUUCUCAUGUGGAACAACUCGAAACAGGAUGCACCGAUCUGCGCACUAGUCGGGCACACCGACGUGGUGCUCGAUUUUACCUGGGGCCGUAAGGAAAUCUAUGAUCCUGAGUUGAUCACCUGGUCCCGCGAUCAAACAAUACGCAUCUGGCGCAUUGAUGAGGAAGUACGCAAACUGUGCGAACGCUACGCUGCAACGGACGACGAUGAUGGGCUAGUGAUCGAGGAAACAAGUAACACGGUCCCGGCAUUGGCAGGAAGUGCCAGUAUUGGAAAGCAAAUGGCUGGUCCCAAAUCUCCACUGCGAGAGAAGCAACCGUCGGUUUCGUUGCAGCAUGAGUUCUCGCUCCUUAACCCCAACAUCCCGCACAUCGACAUCGAGGUGCUGGAUCCGACUAAACGCACCGCCACCGUACGGAUCUCCGUCAACGGUUACGUUAUUAUGCUGCAGGUGAACUUUCCCUCGCUUUACCCAAACAAUGGGAUCGUCCCGGAGUUUCACUACUGCCAGGGUACGUCGCUCGAUGACGCGUUAUCCGUGGCACUGAUGAAAGUGCUCCGUACGACGGCCAGCCAACGGGUGAAGAAAGGUCGCACUUGUCUCGAGCAGUGUUUGCGUGCGCUUGUGACACAUCUCAAGAAGUCAUCCGCCAGCAACGGAGACCGGCACCUGCGAAUGCAAUCACCCAGACUGGAGGGAGCCCUUAGCAGUGUCCUUCAUGACGCCUGCGUGCCUUUCCCAAAAACGUCCGGGGUGCGGUUCUGUCAGGUGGGAAUGCUGGUGACAUUUGCGCGGCCACUCCACACGAAGCGGAUCACUUUGAAGCAACAACAGAACACUACACCAAGAGCAUUGUCGGCACUGAGUGGUGGUUACCUUGGCAACGUGAUGGGAUCGCAACCGAUACUUUACGCACAUCGCGAUCCCAGCACGUCCUCGUUUUACCUUCCGGAUCGGAAACCGUCUCGGCAUCGUGGUACAUCAGCGAAAGUGAAUGUGGCGGCCGUGCACGUGUACGACGUAUCGAAAAUACUAUACGUGAGCCGUGAGCUGGCCGAAAGCUACGUCAUCUCGACGACGAACGUGGCCGAGAUGUGUCGACAAAAUCGGGCCGCUGCGGAACGUUGCGGUCGUCUCGAUCUGGUGCAGUGCUGGUCGCUGGCGGAGAUGAUCGCACAACCGGGAACAGACUUCGAGCCAGACGACGAUAUGCUGUGCGCACAGAAUCCAUUCGCCAAGAGCCUGCUCGAAUCGUUGAUUCUUCAUUUUGCCCGCAUCCACGACAUUCAGACGGCGGCCAUGCUUUGCUGUGCCUUUGGGCGCCACUGCCCCUCAGCGCUCGAGCUUUCCAUGAGCUCGAGUUCAAGCAGCAAAUCGAUCAAUCAAAGUCACUUACUUAGCGGUCAUCGAAAGAUAAAGCCAAGUGGAUCCCCGUACCACACGAUUUUGCCAGUGGAUACAUCGUCGGCUUCCUCCAUCAAUCAGGGGUGGAUGUUGGCCCAACAGCUAAAGCAUUUGCGCAGCAACUCGUGGUCCGAUUCGUUGGACGAUUUUAGACUGCUAGGUGCUAACGGUGCCACGGGAGGCAGCUCAUCGAGUGCCCAGUUUGGUGACAUCAAUCGUGGCCUCCUCGGGGACAGCAAUCGUUACCUCUACGAUAACUUUCGGCGCAGCUACGCAGAAAUGCUUUACCGAUGGGGGCUUCUCGUUCCCCGUGCCAAGGUACUCAAGUUCCUGUCGAACUACGUGGACACCCCUCGAUGCGUGGAGUUCGUGACGGAGUGCUUGCACUGUUGUCGCGUUGGCGCACCGGCAUGUGCAACUUGCAAGAAACCCGUACUAUAUUGUAGUCUGUGCCGAUUGCCAGUGCGCGGAGCUGCCAACGCCUGCCUGCAGUGCGGCCACGGUGGACACACCGAUCACAUGCGGAUAUGGUUCGAACGGUACGAUGUGUGCGCCACCGGAUGUGGUUGCCAGUGCUUGAGCAUCAGUUCCAAACUGUGCAAUCUGUAG